CCGGACCGUCAACAUGAUUCUUCAUGGUUAUUUCAGUCACGUCAGGGUCAACCAUCCUGCUAAGUAAGCAGUUUUCAAGACUAUCAAGAUUUCGAUUUGCACUAGCAGUGGUAAGUAGUCUUUUAGUACAGUUUUGCUUGUGCCUCACUUCUUCUUUGACCUGACAAUUUUGUGGUAAAGACGUACACGUUGUGGUUACCCAACUCAGAGAGCUGUGGCAAAGAUGGCGGGCAGUUCUUCAGACAGCGGAAAAAGCUUGGUUGACAACAAUACUGCGCACCGAGGCCGCGCGAAGAGGAAGCGACGAGAAUCUGGAAAUAAAUCAGAGCCAUCUAUGGAGACCGUAGGUCUAGGUGAAGAUGAAGUUGAAGACGGGAACAGAGAAGAUGAGAAGCCGAAUGACGAACAGUCCGGAAGCAAAAAGAAAAAAAAGAGGAAAAAAGAAAAGAAAACUAAAAAGACAAAAAAGGACAAGGAGAGAGUCCCUUCUCCUCGCGAUGAUGCCGCGAGUCAGAGCGCCGAGGACGAGAUUGAUUUUGUCAAGCCCUCAUCAGAUCGAGAUCGUCGAACCGAAAACGCUCGGAAAAAAGAUGAAGAUGUUCCAGCGGUGACACCUCAGGCUCAGGCUCCGAAAGCAAAGUUAGUAGCUCGCAAGGACGUGGAACAGCAGCGGGCAAGCGAUAAGGGGUCGGGAGGUGAAAGACGCAAGUAUCACGAUGACAAGAUGCCUGCAGAUGACGACCGGGCGGGAACAAAGGCAAAAGACAGCGAGCAAAAAGCGCAGCGACGGCGGAGUAGAGAAGAAGAUGGAAGUCAGAACGAUGAUGGAAAUCCCACUGACAAAGCUAAAAAACGAAAGAACAUGAUGAAGCGAGGCAAGAAAUCCAGAUCAUCCUCGGCAUCUUCAGUUUCACGAGACAGGAGAAGCAAUGACGAAAAUGAGGCUAAUCACGCCAAGGGAAAAAAAGCCAAAACGAAAAAACGUAGAGGCGAGGGGAGCGGAAAGCAAUCUGGUGAAGGUAGCGAAGCAGACGCAGGUAUAACGAGAAAGCGACACAAACAGCAGGCUUCAGACCGAAACCAGCAGGAGGCCUCCGCGUCCGCAAGCGUCAGCAGAGGUUCCAAGGGUAAGAAGACCCAUGAAGCAGGCACCUUUUCCGAUCGCCGCGAGUCUGCGAAAGAACCAAAGCAGGACCGUGAAGCAAGGGAGACUCCGCGGAACAAGACCUUUCAAGAAGGGCCAAGCCGCGGUAGCAAGGAUCAAGCAAAAUCCAAGUCGCGUUCGAGAGACAGCCGAUCGAGGGACCAUGACCGCGGUAAAGGCCGUCGUGAAGACGACAACUAUGACACAAAUAAAGGACGUGAUCGCGAUGACAAGUACAAAGAGGACGAUAGAAAGCGGGAAACCAACAAGCCAGGUCAACAGCGAGGAGGACGAAAACGUGCUGAUAGAAGCGGUUCCAGUCGUCGCAACCGGGGCCGCGCUGACAGUCGCCGUCGCAGUGGCAGUAACGAGCGUGGCCGGUUCGAGGACAAGAACGCCAAAUCUCGUGCCAACGACGGCGUCAAAUCGGGCCAAAAAGACCAGCGCCGCAGUCGGAGUCGGCGGGGAGGCGGGCCUCGGCGGGACUACAAUCCCGGGCGCUCGGAUGCUGCAAAAGCUACGAGCAGAGGCAGGUCCCGAAACGGCAGGCGUGACACGAAAAGAGACGAUGACUACUACGGAAAGCCAGUAGACGGGGAUACGCCCAUCAGUCGACCACGUGGCGCGGAAGGCACAGGAGAUAAUAAGCAACAUCGCCGGGGUCAUGGGGAAGACAGCCGAGAACGUGGUCGUGCCGGAGGCACUGGUGGUAGAAACAACAAUUUUGAUCGAAACGACAAGGGCAAAAAGGGCGACGGCAAGGGAGACCGGGGUCGCGAUCAAAACAGGUAUGACGACCGGCGCGGGGGACGUGCGGGUAACUACGAUGAGAACCGACAAGGUCAGCAGCGGGGGAGCGAGACUUUCGGUAGGCGUGAUCAGAACCAGCGCACGACAUCAGGCACAUUUGGGAACAGGGGACAGCCGCCGAACGAUUAUCGCCCGCCUCGUGCGGCAGGAGAUAAAAAUCCGAGAUCCAGUGCGAAUGCCGAAUCGAAGAAAGAAGCAUUUGGAUCGAAUCCGGCGGGUACGGGAGGGGCCACCGCCCGGACCACCAGGUUUGACCAGCCGCCUUCAGGUUCAGCAUCCGGGAGUCAGCGGCAGAACAAAGGUUCGAGCAGCUACAACAAUUCCCAACAAGACGACAGGAACACAAAGAUUUCUUUUGGCUUGAAAGGCAACAAGCCCGCGGGACCAAACUGGGGGAAGGGAAGGGGCGGAAAGACACCAAGAGACGAAGUUGCGAAGGGUGGUGGAGUAACAGUCCAAGAUGGGAACCUUGGUCCGUCGAAUUCUGCCGGCGCGCCCCCGCCCCCUCCGCCUCCACCUCCGCCGCAAAUACGAGCCAUCGCGGCAGCUUCCCCGUCUUCGCAGAAUCAGAACCAGCCGUUGCCUCCGGUGCCAUCGCCUCCAGUUCAAGGUGGAACAGUCGCGCUUGCGGCUGCACAGCAACUUGUUGGGCCGAGCCAAUCUCCGAGCAACCCAGGUGGAGGAGUGCAAGUAGUUGCGGUAGCUGCUGCAGGGCCGCUUCCAGCGUCUCAUCUAUCUCCACCAACGUUGCCCCCUCCGUCGUUUAAUGCUGCAGGGAUUCCGGCAAACGCAAACCCAGCUGCAAUCGGGAGUUUGCCACUAGGCGUCGGUCCACAAAGCGGAC